UACAAUUAUUUUUCAAUUUUUACGCAUGUUGUCAGGUGACGUUUGAUGACUAUGAUGGAGCCAUUGGAUUUGUCAACAUAAGAAAUGUGCACUGGAAGUUUGUGACAGUAUUUCAAAAUGCGCCGGAACCGACUUGGAAAGGAGGACUGGGUGAACAUCAAGUGGCAGCCGGGCCAGAUAACCCACACCUGCCAGAAAGAUGGCAACAGUUGUGGGAUCUUUGUCAUGCAGAUGGCCAAGAUGACGGUGAUGGAACUACCAAAGAUUCCACAGCAUUUCCGCAUAAACUCAUCGAAACAAUCGAUGGAAAAGCUAAGAAGAAACAUGGCUGAAGACAUUCUGAAACAAUCAGUUUCAAAGGAUGAGCUCUGUUCCUUCUGUGGAAUUGAGGACCACCUGCCCAAAACUGAUGUUGAUGCUGUUUGGAUUCAGUGUGGAACUUGCUCAAGAUGGUUUCACACGCUGUGCCUUGGGAUGACAGCAGCACAAAUACCAAGCAAAGAUACCCCUUGGUAUUGUGUGUUGUGUAACACUUAG